AGCGAGUCAAUUGGUUGAGGAAGUCUGAUUUAAUCGAGGUUUCUUCCUUCCUUUUUGUAAAAUAGAGAACGUGCCUGUUAGAAGAAAACAUGGACAUAUUUUUCUGUGUUUUGAAAAUGUGAAGCAGGCUUUCCAUGACUUAGGACAAACUCCACGUGUACCAGAACUAAAAGCUCUUCAGCAGCUCCAAGUGAUAGCUUGCGAUGGAACAAGACUCGCGCUGCACAGCAGAAAGGGAACUGUUUGAAACUGUAAGCACGAUGACUACAUUUGCUACCACAAGUCCGUCUGAUGAAGAACAAAAUCAACCCGAAGCUGAAAUUUCAUGUCAAGCGAGAAAAGAAAACCCAGAAAAAGAUGAUUCACAAGAUUCCAGUGCAUUCCUAAGUCCCAACUCCUCAAUGACCACUAAGGAGCUUCAGGAAUACUGGAAGAAUGAAAAACGCCAAUGCAGACAAGUGAAACUCCUUUUCGAAAUCCCAUCAGCCAGAAUUGUAGAGCAUCACUUAUCUAAAUACGUGAUGUAUAAAAUCAUAAUUUUGCAAACAGGGAGUUUUGACAGCAGUAAGUCUGUAAUUGAACGGCGUUAUUCAGAUUUUGAGAAACUGCACAGAAAUCUGCUGGAGGAGUUUAGUGAAGAAAUGGAAGAUGUGACCUUUCCCAAAAAAACUUUAACAGGGAACUUCACUGAAGAAAUAAUCAAUGAGAGAAAAUUGGCCUUCAAGGACUACCUAAGACUUCUCUAUUCUAUGAAAUACAUACGAAGAUCAAAAAAAUUUAUUGACUUUUUAACAAGACCGGAGCUUCGGGAAGCAUAUGGGUGCCUGCGGGGUGGCCAGUACACCAAAGCUUUGGAAAUCUUUUUAGAAGUCAUCGGUUUGCAGGAGAGGUUGACAAGAGGCAACCCAGUCUCAGUUAUUCCUACACUCUGUGCUAUCGUCGUGUGCUACAAGGACCUGGAAAACCCAGCAAGUGCCUUUGAAUACGGAGAAAAAGCUCUAUCACGCCUUCAUAUGUAUACCAGCCACAGGUAUUAUAUGCCAUUGUUAGAAACAAUGAUCACUUUGGCGUAUGAACUUGGGAAGGAUUUCCUGUCUUUGCAAGAAAAACUGGAAGAAUGGAAGAGAAAAAAAGAUCCCAUCCGUGUUUUUACCCUGAAAGAACUUGCAGUUCGGGAGUAUGUACAAUGAACACAAGAAAAAUUCAUUAAAGAGGAAAGCUGUGAGGUUAUUUUCCAAAACACAGACUCUUGAGAGAGUAAUAACUGGAAAUUACCUGCUUGGCUAACAUAACUUUAUAUUAAUAGAAAAAAAUAAAUAAAAUAACUUUCAUGUUCAAAAGGGACAUUAACAUUUAUGUUGGAAAAUAUUAUAUUUACUCUACAGAUAUGAGGUUAAAGUUUUUGGAAAGAAAUUUGCAACAAAAAAUAAUUUGUGAUUUGCUUAUUAUGAACAUAGACUAUUUUGUGUGAAAAGUCAGAACAGGAAUAUACAAUGAAUAAAGCACUUAACAAUCUACAGAAUCAGAAGGCUUUCUUACUCAUGAAUGAUCUAUGUCCUUUAAGGAAGACAAAUUCUUCUCAGUCAAUGCAAUCUAAAGUAUGCAUCUUCAGACACAGAACAUAGUUUUUUACUCCAGUUGAUCAAACAACACUUGCCAUUUCUGAGAAUGAUGGGGUUGGUGCUGUUCCCACUGAAGUCAACUGCUGUGGGUGGAGACACCUUAGGGGAAGGCUUACAAUCAGCUUUUGUAGAAGCAAAAAAUACAAGUUAUUAUCAUUCUGUCAGAUAUGAGGGAAUAUGCUUCAUUUCCCUUUUGUAGCUGGUACAGUUUUAUGACUUGUAUUGAAGGCACAUUCUUGUUUGACGUGAUCUUUAAGUACAGCUCUGAUGGGGGUAGAAAAUUCAUACCACAUGCACUAUAUACAUAACUGAAAGGAACCAGAGAAGGGUGCUGUUGAGGAGAACAUCUGGCUAAUAUAAUGCUAGCAUUUAAUUCUGCUUAUCGAGUUGCGAGACACAUGGUUAACAGACAGUCUGUGUUAAGCAUGUGCUUCCUUGUUGCCUUUCAGAGGUUUAUGUAAAUUGGAUGUUGCCUUAGUUUUACGGACUGGUAUACCAUGCAAACAUCACCUUGGUAGCCCUGCAAUUUUACAGUUAAUUCUAUCGGGGAUCCAACCCAUCUCUACAAAUACUCGUCUUACCUUGGCCCUAAUGCUCCUGUGAAAGCUUCCUAAGAGCUGAAAAUGUCUCUAUUUACCUGCUUCUGUAAUUUCCUUCGACUCUGUUCUCUCUCCCAUGCACUUAUUUUAGUAAUCUGGUAAAUUAAUUAUCAUAAAUAUUGUAGUUAACAUGUCAUGCUAGCAUGGGUCAUUAUUCUCUGCUGAACAUAGUCCACUGAGUACUUUCAGGCCUGUGCUCCAGGUGCAGAUACUCCGUGCACCACAAUGACGCUAUCUAUAAAUUAGGAAUAACUGUAUUAACUUACCUCCCAGACACAUAAAAGAAACAGGUAAUUGAAAAGUGCACUGAACCUGAAAAACAUUGUUCUGCAUUGUUACAUGAAAGGUGACAUGGAAAAAAUACAGAAUAAUAAGAGUGUCUAGGGUGGAAAGUUAAUAUUUUAAGUAGCUAUUAACAGCUAGGCAUUAAACUCAAAAUAUGUGGAUUAUUUGUUUUUUGACAAUUAUUUCAUUAUACCAGAAGUAAGAGAAUUAAGAGUAAUUAAUUAAGAGACUUAAGGAUUAAUCUUCUCACAACAUAACGUAUUGCAGGACAGUUAAAUGGAUCAAAGGUAACAAUUUCUUAGAGAAUCCUCUGAAUCAGUCACAAAGUGGCACGGAAGAAAGCACGUCUGGUGCCUGCAUCACACUCAGGCGCUUAGAGAUAAGGCAGAAAGGAAGCCUGACCAGCACACCGGUCUAUUUCCACAGCAGUUUGUGGUGAAAGACCAGACGAAUAGGGAAAAUUAAUUUCCCCACAUUUCUCCCUCCCCUCAAAGCACGCAGCAUUGCAGGCACGGCUGUCGUAGAUUCUCCUCAGGUUCCUAAGGGACUGUAUAGGAGUAGCUGAUUGUGUCCACAGACCCCCUCGCUCUACAGCCAACUAUGAGAUUAGAGGGUCCGUAAGCACAUGCUGUUGAGCAAGGACAAGUACCAGUAAAGCGGCACAUCAGAGAGAUCUUGUCAUAACGCUGUAUCUUUCCAUCUCUGAAGGAUUAACUGAUCCAAAGCUAACCAAUUUUUUUGUUGGCAUGGCAGUGCACAUUAGGAAUAUUAGGAGGUGGUAUUUGGCUAAGAGGAAAAUUUACAUAAUUCAAAAGUCACUAAAAUAAACAGUGCCGGUGCUACCCACACCCCGCAUCCCCGCUUUGUUGGUGUGAACCAAAUUUCUCCUGAGAAUGCUUUUCCAUACAAUGUGCUUGCAGAGUUUUGUCAGCAAAACGGUCUUGGAAUAAGUCACUUUGUCCAUAUCCACCAGAAGGAGAAUUUCAGUCUCCUAGUAUUAAAGGAAGAAAUUAACUAAAUAAAUACAGGAAUGGUGUGAAAAAAGAACACUGUGUCUGUUGGAUAAUUCCUGGACACCAAGCUUCUUUAAUGGAGAGCUUUUUCAGUGAGGUGUCUGUGACAACCAAUCAGCCACAACAUCUUCAGAGCUACGCAGGAAGAACCUAUCAUCUGCCUUGCUCAAAGGGCUAAUUUCAGGGUUUGCUGCAUUGAGACUUCCAGUCAAGCCACUUCAUGCGUGAAUUGGCAGAGCCCACUUGAUGUAUUUUCAAAGGGUCAGGUAUAGUGUUCAUAAAAAUCAGCUUGUGAUUUCAUUACUAUUAGAAUAUGACAAAAUUAAAUCUCCCCCCACAAUUCAACCUCCCCCAAACAAAAAAUCAGUUAAUUCCCUUCCUACAAAUGCAGAGACUGUGACCUUCAGAUUUAUUAACCUCUUCAGAGAUGACACUGAAAAUCCUUUGAAAGAGAAAGCACAUAUGAUGAUGGCAAUGAAUGGGAAUGAUGGGACCCAUGUUUGAUCUGGAAUUCUGCCACAGACUUGGUCUGAACUUUGCACAAAUAACAUCUGUGCCUGUAUUUCCUCACCCAGUACUUCCCCAGUAAUGUUUCCUCAUACAGGUUUUCAGGACUCACUGAACAGAAAAGCUGUGAAACUUGACCAAGUAAGUUGACUCCAAUGUUUAACUUAGAAAUGUGCAUUGAGGUAGAGGCAAUUUUGAUUUCUACAAGCCUAUUUCAUUGCUUGAAUAUACCUUGAAAUGGAAGAGAACUUAGAGGCAGUAAGUUGCCAAACCUGUGUGCUUACUGUUGAUUGCAUAGUUUCUUACUAAUGCAGUCUUAUUUUAGAAUCAGAAUUAUUACUUUCCUUAUACGCUAGAGAAGUUACAAAACUAUCUAUUUAUUGCACUGGACUGUAGAGAGACUGUGCUGGCUCAUCAGCUCCAUGGGCAGUUGGCCAGUUCUGAUUUCUUAGCUGUGUUCUCUCAGAGACUGACUGGACCUGCCAAAAAAAAAUCUGCUUUCAUUUACUCACGUUUCAAAAGUCAACUUCUGCAUAGUCUUUUUUUGCUUGAUUUUUUACAGCAAAGUGAGAAUUCAGCAGUUACAUGUUACUAAACUAAAAGGUAGUGACAUUCGGGCUCCUAUACUGACCCUACUACCUUCCACUUGGAAUGACAGCCUGCAAGGACUGGGUUCCUUCUGCCUGUACAUGCAACUUAAUCUUACACAGUUAAAAUAGAUAGCCAGGCCGGGCGGAUUUCCUGCAGGGAGCCAGAGAUCAGUCACUUUCCCCAUUAACAUUGCCCGCUGCAGGGAUACAGUGGUGGCUGCAGAGCCCCCAUUCAUGAACUGAAUCUGUGAAGCAUCAGUGAAGCUAUUUUGGAAGAAGAAAACUCUGGCACUACCACAUAUGCAAGAACGGAACAUAAAUUAAGCAAGAAUGUCAUUCCUGCUUCCAGCCAGCCAUUUUACUUCCACUCUUCAUUGCUGUACAAUAUUUGAAUGAUAAAAGACUGUUUUAUAAACAAAUCCA